AUGUGGGUCUGCACAUGGCUUGAGAGAGCGACGAGAAUGAUGGUUGACUUGCAAGUGACUCUCUCGCUUCUUACAGAAUCUGUGGCUGGAGCACCAGCGAUCAACAGGAUGAGACCUGCCGCCGAAUUCAACCUGCUGCCUCCUAACAACCUGGGAAGCAAUCGCUUCAUAGCUGAGAGGAUAUUCGCCCGCUAUGUCCGGGCUGUGUUCUGGUACUCCCAGGCGUUCAUCUUCUUCCUCCCUGCCUUGUCCGUCUUCGUUCAUCCUCACGGAGCUCUGGCACGUGGGAUGUGGAGAAACGUCUAUAUAGGUAGCUCGCAGGUCAUGAUCGCAUGCAGUUGGACGAUCGCCUACUACUCGGGCAAGAGAGUUCCCAAGGCUCGCACUGGGUUCGCUGUUGGAUGGAAGUUGGUAUGCCAUGGGACGCUGUUUGUGCUCGCUCUCUACUUCCUUCCCUCGAGGCAGUCGUUCUUCGCGUACCUGGUCGCCUCCGGGCUCUACUCCUUCCUUGUUCUCGUCUUCCCAAGUCCGGACUUGUCCCAGAGACUGUGGCUGAUGUUCAGCUCCGUCUGCUUCAAUCUCUUCUCCCUCGCUCUCCUUCGCUACAUUUCGUCGGUGGCGGUGGAUCAAGCAGGCAGCGGAUCGCAGGUCGAUGGGUUUGCGGGAGUCCGGGGGAUUGCUGACAAACGACAACCAGUGUUGCCAAAAUCAAUUCGUAUGAAGCAAGAGAUCUCCUCGUCCUUGUCAAGAUCGCUGACCAUUGCAACCUACGGCGCCUUCUGCUCGCUCUUCUUCCUCUGGGUCUUCGCCCGCGUCGUCGUGCUCUCUGUGCUUACCUUCCAGCAGGUCUCCUUGUCCAGCGGAGGAAGCGACUUCCUCUUCAACUCCCCCGUCUCUGCCUUGGCAUGGACGGACGUGCGAAUCUGCGAGCAGGGAGGAGCGGGAGGGCUGGACGAUGGCUCCUCCCCAUCCUCGGAGGCCGCGAGCCUGCUCAGCUUCUCAGGAGGGAGGCUGAUGAAGCAGCUGGCGCUCGUGCUCGGGUUGAAGCUGGAGAGGGAGGGGGACGGGGAUGGGCUCAGUGGUGGGGAGAAGCUGCUGUGGACGUUGAGCUCGGCGCCAGCGGUCAUGAGCGUGUGCGUAGCUCUCCUGCUCUGCGAGCUGCUGCUGGACGCGGCGGUGGAGUGUUGGGUUACGAGCGACUUUACCUUGCAGGAUAACAGUGUGAAAGAUGCACUUGAGAGAAUGCAGCCCCUUCUUGGAACGAUCCUCAGGAUGAACGCAUCAGCAUCCUCGGCAAGCAAGGAUAACCUUCUCGCCAAGUUUCACUUCGUCCGAGCGGCAGCUUUCAAAGAGCUUCAGUCGCUCUCCGAGCAUGAAGUUGGACGCCUCAUGCCGCUUUUCAGCUCCUCCUCUAGCGGGAUGCUGGAGGGGCUGGUGGGGAAGCACCUGGAGACUCUGAGGAGCUUCUGCGACACUUUGCGGGUCCAGCUGGCGAAGGCCGAGGGCAUCCGUGCUGAGGUGAAUCUGUCCCGCCAGCUGGUGGUCAGCAGGGCUGAGGUGACGUGGCAGGUGGAGAAAAGCGCCAUGGCCGACAAGCUGGGAAUACCGGGACAGGGUCUUCUGGGGCAGGCGCUUGGGAUCGACUCGUGGAUGAUGGGAGCAGGGAUGAGCACGAGGCUGCAGCUGCUGCAGAGGGAGCUGAGAGCCUGCUGUCUAUAUGUCAAUUGUCUCCGUGGUUGA